AGGUAUCCGUGAUGUAGUGAAAAAGUAAGAAAAAUAAUAACAAAAAAGAAACCGCCUGCACGUUGUCCAGGUGUUUCGCGCUGGCGGCUCGUAGGUUGAUAAUAGAGGGAGCAGAUUGAAGUAUAGUUAAAUAAUUAACCUGGUGCGAUGUGCGUGGCUUUCUGAGGAUAAAAUUGAGUUCCAACGGUAUCAGCAAUCAGUUUCGGGCAUUAGUUAAGGGGCCCUCACUUGCACAACUGUCGUGUAGCUUUAGGAAAAGUGUUUAACAUUUAAGCAAAUUGUGUUAUAAAACAUUCAGUGAAUUGUUUUGAGUGAAAUUUGCACGUUGUGCAACGCGAAUGUGACCAUUGCAAUAGGCCAUGUUUCCCUCCAAGCCUACUGCACAAUAGUAGGAACAGCAGGCAGCAUUACAGACAUCUCCCUUGCUAACGAAGCACAACAAGGGAGGUGGACGCAAAUCCUGUUCGCGCUGAAGUGGACGCCAGGCGCCAGGAUCACGGCGAGAGGUCUAUAGAGUUUGUGUACAAGGAACAAGGAAAAUGGGUCAAGCUGCGAGCCAGGAGGAUGCAGAACAGGACGGACAGCCAGCGGAAGCAGAGGACGACGACGACGGAGGAAUCAUCCCGAUGCGCUCCGACCGCUUUCUCGUGACUGAUAGUGAUAUUGCUUGCGAGGAGGCAGCCCGUUUAACGGCUGAACAGCAGGAGGAUCCGUCGCCUGAAGAUGAUGAUGCAGCAUGUGAAUAUCAUGAUAUGCCCCCACCACCCGACGGCGGAUAUGGUUGGGUUAUCGUGUUCGCUUCCUUCAUGUGCAACAUGAUCGUCGACGGUAUCGCGUACACGUUCGGUGUAUUUCUGAACGAGUUCGUAGUGUAUUUUGGCGAAGGGAAGGGCACAGUGGCAUGGGUGGGUAGCUUACUGAGUGGUAUGUACCUGAGCGCGGGUCCCGUUGUGUCUGCACUAGCGAACAAAUUCGGUUGCCGGGCGGUGUGUAUAGCUGGAAGUAUCAUAUCGGCCUCUGCGUUUGCACUCAGUACGCUUAGUACCUCAGUAACGAUGCUAAUGCUCACGUACGGUGUGAUGGGCGGCAUUGGCUUUGGAUUAAUCUAUCUGCCUGCGGUUGUUGCCGUCGGAUACUACUUCGAAACUAAGCGCUCAUUGGCCACCGGUAUUGCAGUGUGCGGUUCCGGGUUUGGUACAUUCGCCUUUGCACCCCUAGCAAACAUGCUACUGGCAAACUUUGACUGGAAAAAUUCGAACCUCAUCUUGGCAGGGCUGAUUCUGAAUUGUGCGAUCUUUGGCGCCAUGAUGCGCCCAUUGACCUACCCGAAGGAGGACAAAGUAAAACCCUUGAUGCAGCGCAUGUACGAAGAGAAACGCCUUCAGAUGGAGCGGGGAUCGAUAGGUGGAUCCUACUUCAUGGUACAGCUGCCCGAUGGUACGAUGGAGAAAAGACUGAAAGCCCCGCUAAACGCGGAUCCGGGUGUACACUCGAGCCUGGCCCUGGAUCAGCUCGCACAACAGGGUGGCAUGCAUCCCGUGGCCACGUUACCAACUAUCUCGGAAUUUAAAACACCCGAGCAGAACGGGAGUAGCGGCUCAUCGUCAGAGUCGAGUCAGAUAGAGAUGAAGAAACCGUUGAACAAAAAACGUAACACCAACUCCGAAUCGGAUGCGACCGAUUAUGGGGCAGACAAUAUGCCACGCAAUGCCUCGCAGCCUGCCUUUACUAGCCACCAAUCAGGUAUCCCGAAGAAUGGUUCCGUGCCCACGUUCGAUCGCGUUCGGAAACACUCUACCGGCGAACGGUUCAAGCCAUCGCUGGCGGCCAUAAAAGCGAGCUCACGCGGUGAUGUCGGUAGCAAUGGUGAUGUACGUAAAUCUGCCACGCAGCUCAGAAACUCGCGAGGCUCUAUGAAUGGCAGCAAGAAUAAUAACGCUGAGGAAUUUGAUGAUGCCAGCAUGUUUACCUCGAAAGCUUCUCUGAAAGCAGACCGGCCAAUGAUGGUGCGUCCGCUUUCUCGUAAGGAUAUUUUCUAUUCCGGGUCCGUCACCAAUCUAAAAGAAUACCAGAGUCAGAAAUCUCUAACCAACUACCGCAACUCCGUUGUUUCGCUGACUAAAUUCGAGAAGGAACAUCGUAACGACGUGCGGGAUGAUGUAGAGAAGGGCCGAGAAGAGCAAUAUGAUCUGUGUCCAUGCCUGGCAUUACCGGAAUCGUUCAAGAACGCCAUUGCUGCUAUGAUGGAUGUCAGCCUGCUGCGGGAUCCCGUCUUUAUGAUGAUCGGUGUUUCGAACAUAUUCGGUAUGGCUGGCCUAUACGUCCCGUUCGUUUAUCUAGUCGAUGCUGCCGUCCUUGAUGGAAUUGAUCAAAGUUCUGCCUCGUUCCUUAUCUCGAUCAUCGGUAUCACGAAUACUGUCGGAAGGAUCGUGUGCGGUUACGUAGCCGAUUUUCCCAAGGUGGACGCUCUCUUCCUCAACAACAUCUGUCUCGUGAUAUCCACGAUAGCCGUUGCGCUGACACCGUUCUGUAGUAGCUAUGCCUCAUACGUGGUGAUGGCCAUCGCGUUCGGCAUUGCAAUUGCUGGCUACAUCUCGCUGACGUCAAUUAUUCUCGUGGAUCUGCUUGGUCUGGACAAACUGACGAAUGCCUUUGGAUUGUUGAUUUUGUUCCGUGGUGCAGCUACGAUCGUUGGCUCACCACUGGCCGGUGCCCUGUACGACGCAACUCAGUCGUAUUCCAUACCGUUCUUUGUCGCCGGAGGCCUUUUUGCAUUGUCGGCAAUUACCAGCUUCGCUGCUCCAGCUAUGCAAAGAUUCCGAAAGCAAACACACGCUCCGGUACACGUGGAGGUGCUAACCCCUAUUGACGAAGAACCCUCGGAGGAUCUUGCCGAUGAUGAUCAACCGAUUACGAUGGUACCAAAGAUCAUUCAAACUGCCCCGAGCCCGUCCACCGAGCAGCCCGUCACGUCCAACAUUACAUCCACCUCCACGAUCAGUAACGAUGACAGGAAGCACACCAACGGUAACAGUGCAAAGGAUAUGAAUAAGGAAGUUAGCCAAAUGGAGUCGGUGGUGUAACGAUGCCACGAGACUAGUUUUGUGCACAGUUGUUAGUGAUUGGCGAAUGAUGCAGCGAUGUUUCCUGAGUCUACCAGAAAAGCAUCUCCACGACGUCCAUUAGUGGGGAAGCAGAUGGUUAUAGAACUACGAUCGCCGCAGCCUCCCUUUUCUUCUUCUUCUUCUUCUUCUUCAUAAUGUUCUUUUGCUUAGUGUUGCCUAUUGGGAUGAUGUGGUGGAGCUGUGUUCUAAAUACGGAAGGGGCGUGAAUACCGGGAACAAAGGAGCGAAAAAAGGAUUCAGCUUCUCGUCUCGUUUCGAGCAGGGCGCAUGGUGUAGAUGAGAUGUAUCGCUCCAACAAUUUUUCAUUUUAAAUCGAUAUAAUUAGUUCUUAGAUUAACAGCACCAAUCAUCUCGGAACGAGAAAGUUGUUUUGAUUAUGUUAUUUUUAAUUGAAACAAUUUGGUUAUCAUGAACCGCCGGAGACGAUACGAGCACGAACCAAUUUGUCUAAGAAUCGAAAUUUGCGUUAAAUGAAACAAAAACAGAAUUACUUGAAUAGCAUAGCAUGAUCCAUAGGCGAUGGAUAGAAUGGUUACAAUAACGAAAUGUGUCAUAGUAAGAUAUAUGAAGGGGCAUGGGGAGGGGCUUUAAAAUUUUCCAUCUGAUGCUGCUGAUGGAUCCAAAUAUUCGGACAUAAUAUUGAUGGCCAUGUUACUAUUUUACUUUACAGCUCGUUUCUGUUAAUUUAGUUUUAACCACGUUUUGCUCUAUACCAGGGAGCUUUUUACCAAGAUGUUUUCUUUACACCAGUGCACCUCCUUUCUCUAAGCAUAUGUGUAAAGCAGAUAGGCUCUAUUAAUUCUUCUAAAUCUGUUUGCUUUUUGCUAAAAAUGUUGGUACUAUAAACAUCGGUCUAGCUUGUAAGAAAAUUAGCCCUGGCCGAGAUCGAAAAGAACUCCUCACUAGCUUAUCUCUUCGAAGCAGUAGUUUUGUGGCAGAACUAUACCAAACCAAGAAAGCUCAGUUUCACUAGCUAUCCAAUCAUGUACACCAAAACUGGAUUGUUGCAACCGAUGAGGAGCUCAGGUCGAGGAACAACAUAAAAGCGUAAGAUCGAUGAAGAUCGAAGAAAAAGAAUGGAUGCAAAGCAAACAAAAGGACACACGAAACCUAUAACUAGUGAUGUUGUAAGCUGUGUAAUAAAACGGAAAACAAUUGAGUA